AUGCCAGAAGAACAAAGUCAAACUAUCAUGGCGGUUGAUGAACUGCAGGCCAUAAUACAAAGAUGUCAAAUUCUGGAAGAAGCUGAUUUCAAAGGAGAAGAUUUUAAUCGGUUUCAGGUAGCAGGUCAGAAAUGUUUAGAAGAUGGGUAUGCAGCUCAGUUACUAGAAGUGAUUCAAAAUCAGAAGAAUAAGGUUAUCGUCAAGAAUAUGGGUUGGAAUCUCAUCUCUCCUCUUGUUAGAUGUAUUUUUAUGUAUAAACAGGAAGAUGAUAAGCGAGAACACUGCCUGAAGAUACUAGAUCAGUUGGCACAGCUAUGCAAUCCGAAGGAACUUUUUCUGGGUUUACUUGAGCAGAUUGAGCAGACUUCUGGAGAGCAAGUGUGCCAAACUGUCAUGUUAUUGCUUCAGCCUUUGCAGACAGUGCUUUUGAAACUUCAGAACAAGAAGGCCUACUCAGUUGGUUUAUCUUUGGCCAUGAUUAUGAACCAGCUUACUCCCUUACCUGUACCUUAUACAAAAGAACAAAUAGAAGAAGAUAAACUUGGUCUCUGUCAAUGUUGCAAUGCAGUGGUGGACUUUGUUAAGCCUUUUGUGAAGGAAGUUAAAAACAUGGAAGAGUCAUCAGAAUACAAUGACAUGGAGCUGAAAGAAGAAUUAUUAAAAUUCUGUAUGAAAAGCCUGAAGUACCCAUUAUUGACAGCUCAGCUUGAGCAACUUGAAGGCAUUGAAGAACAUCCCUUUCGGCAUUUUGCAACUGAAAUUAUAGGUAUUUUGUGGGAUAUAAGAGAACUGAUACCAUUAGUGUUUUUACAUCGUAAAGACAAAAGGCCACAGUGGGAGAAUCAGGAGUUUGCAGACAUAGAGCGAAAUAAUUCUGCAGAUUCCUUGGCAUGUCUCUCAUACCUGAUAUUUGUUCAGCAUUUUGGUAUUGAUUGCCUUCCAAUGGUAUUUAGUCCAUCAUAUCUUCUGCAGUGCAAUAUGAUGCAUAUUGAAGUGCUACUGAUAAGAACAGAAGAAUCUAUGUUAUCUAAAGGACUUGAUCUGUUUGAGAGCUGUUUAUUGAGAAUGGAAGAUAAUAGCCUUCUCCAUCAGUAUUUAGAAUUCAGAGAUUUUAUUAACACACCUCAGGUUUUGGUGAAAGUUAUGACGCUUUGUCCCAUAGAGCAGCUGAGAAAGAAGAGUUUAAAUAUUUUGCAGUUGUUGAUAGACAAGUUUGAUGCAGAGGGAAAGUAUACAUUAUUCAGGUGUUUACUGAAGACAAGCAACCAUGCUGGUGUGGAAGGAUACAUUAUUAAAAAUAUAAAAGAUCAGGUUCACUUAUCGUUAAUGAAGGCAUGUGACAAUAGUUGGUUUACAGGACAUCACCUGAUCUCCCUUCUAGAUUUGGUCCUUUCGCUUCCAGAAGGUGCUGAGACAGAUCUUCUGCAAAACUCAGAUAGGAUUAUGGCAUCACUAAAUCUGCUGAGGUACUUAAUCAUUAAGGAUCAUGAAAGUGAUAAUCGAACUGGUGUAUGGACCACACUUACCAAGAUUGAGCAAAAUUUUUUAAAACCACUGCACGUAGGACUCAAUAUGUCAAAAGCGCACUAUGAAGCAGAAAUAAAGAAUACGAAACAAAACAGAAGAGCGGCACACAGUUCUAACACAGUUUGUUCUGUAACUGUUAGUGGGGAAAAGAUGCCCGCCCUGACUCCUGAAAUGCAGCUUCAGGUUUUACACUCGGCUCUCUUCACAUUUGAUUUAAUAGAAAGUGUUUUAGCUCGAGUAGAAGAACUCAUUGAAGUGAAAAUAAAAGCUGUAAUGGAUGAAAACAGUUAG